CUCCAACUCAACUCGGCUUCAAGCUUCAGUUAUACUACAUACAACAUCCCACCUCAACAACCAAUUUUUUUUUUUUAAACAACUCCACCCGCUGCCACGACUGUUUUGGCCCUCAUAACGACCAGAUUAUUCCUCCCAGAACACCCAACACCGCAAGCAAACAAAGACCAGUCACGCAACUACAAAAUGUCCUCACACCCCGAUUCCCCCUCCGCGCAACCACCACAACCACAACUAGAAGAAGAACAAGACCAGAAAAGACUCACCAUUCGCACCAACCACUGCCGCUUCUGCAACCACCUCCUCUUAGCCACCACUCGCAACAUCACCACCCUGCCGCGCCGAAAAGCGCCCGCCCAGGAUGCCGCGCUGAUUCUGCCGCUCCCGCGCGACGAUGAGGAGCUCAACCACGCCCAAGACCCCGAUGACGAGGGCAAUGCCGACGCCAAUUCCAGCAAUCAAUCUCAGAACCAACCAAAGAAACAGCUUCACUACACAAUCCUGCUCUCGACCACCAUCCCAGACCGAAAACACACCCUGAUUCGACGAGAGGACGGUUUCGAGAAGCGCCUCCUCCUCCGGUGUGGACGGUGUCGCGUGGUGGUGGGGUAUUUCUUGGACGCGGUGCAUUUCCCGCGGCAGACGCGAACACUGGGUGCGGGGGAGGACGAGGGCCAAGAAGAAGAGCUUGCGGACAGUCAGCGCGCCAAGGUGGUGUAUCUCUUGCCCGGGGCUUUAAUGGAGACUGGGGUGAUGGAGGCGAAUGAUGUGGAGAAACUGAGGGCGAUGGACCGGCAAUGGGCCGGGUGGAUGGAUAGUUCGUGAUAUUGGGAUUCACCUCCUUGGAGUCAUAUACAUCUCAGUAAGACUCGGCGAAAUACAUCAUAGACAAGAUAUUCUUGUCUGCCUUCGAUAAUAUGCUGAUUGGCG